GAGAUCCUCCAACGGUAUUUGAUCCCUACAGUAUUUGCUGUGUGUGCUGCGAUGAAUUCCAUACGUCAAAUACAAGCGCUGAACAAGCGUGAGCUUGAAAAUGCCGUACCACCCGAAGCAUCCUGGCAUGCCGACUAUCGUGAUACAGCAUACAUCUACAUAGGUGGCCUACCGUUUGACCUGUCCGAAGGCGAUAUUGUUACGAUUUUCUCCCAGUAUGGCGAACCGGUCCACGUCAACCUCGUACGCGACAAAGAUACAGGCAAGAGCAAAGGUUUCGCCUUUCUCAAAUACGAAGAUCAGCGAAGCACCGAUCUUGCGGUAGACAAUUUGGGCGGUGCGACGGUAAUGGGGCGUGUUCUCCGAGUUGACCAUACGCGAUACAAGAGGAAAGAUGGAGAGGAAGAGGAAGAUAAUGUAGCGACAAUCAUGGGUUCAACUACCGGACAUAGAGAUGAAGACACAGAUACUGAACGAAGAGAUCGGAAGAGCUGGCGGAAAGGAGGAGACACUGACGAAAAUGACGUGGAAGAGCCGUCGCGGCCAAUGCUCAAGGAAGAAAUAGAAUUGGUGGAGUUGAUGCGAGACCAUGAUGACGAAGAUCCUAUGAAGGAAUAUCUAAUUCAAGAGAAGAAGGAGGAAGUUGCAAGAGCUCUUGAGAACUUGAAAUCGAGGGAGAAGAAAUCAUCUAGUCGACGAAAAGAUAGCCGCGAACGCUCGCAUAAACAUCGCCAUCAUCAUCAUCAUCAUCAUCACCGCCGCAGGCGAAGUGAUGAACGGUCCCGUGAGAGAUCGCACAGGGAACUAGACGACGGCAGUCGCAGAGAACGACACCGUCGCGAACGAUCAGAGUCUCCUCACCGAAGACAAGAAAGGUCUAGGGAACGGUCUAGACGGGAACGAGAUUAA